AUGGCCGAUACGAUUGAAAAGAUUCCCGAGCCCAAAGAGGUCACAUACCAACGUCCGGUAAAGCUCGACGAUGCUCUUUUGAUGACCAAAUUCGGCAUCUAUAAUCUAUGCCUGAUUACGAUUUCUGGUACUAUCCUUGCGGCUGUAUUGCUGGAGACAUUGGGCAUAAGUUAUGUUUUACCGGUAGCAGAAUGCGAUUUGCUACUGACCACCAAAGAGAAGGGUGUGCUGAGUGCUAUCUCUUUCGCCGGUAUCAUCAGUAGCUCCCAUUUGUGGGGCUUCCUAGCCGAUACGAGAGGUAGAAGAACCGUCAUACUGCCGACAUUGUUUCUUGCAUUUGUUUCCACCGUUCUGUCCAGCUUCACUACCAACUUUUGGUUAAUCACGGUUACGCGAUUCUUCACUGGAUUUUUCAUUUCCGGUUCUUCGGCUACAAUAUACGCAUAUCUCGGCGAAUUUCACGCGAAAACAAACAGCUCUCGUGCUAUCAUGGGAGCUUCCUUUGUGUUCGGAGUGGGUUGCAUCCUACUGCCACUGAUCGCUUGGUCAGUGAUCAAUCAGGAGUGGGAAUUCACGAUUCCACUGCUCGGUAUCGUGUAUCGACCAUGGCGACUGUUUAUGGUAGUUUGCGGAUUGCCGAGUCUCGUGUGUGGCAUAGCACUGCUAUAUUUCCCGGAAAGCCCAAAGUUUCUGUUUUCCAGAGGCCAUGAACAGGAAACUAUCGAGAUAGUGCAUAAGAUGUACCGAUGGAACACGGGUGGUAAAGGGCCCAAGCUGGAGCUUACAUCCUUGCUGCAGGAAACUGAAGCACAGCAAACAAAAGUUCGUCGUGAGGAAGCUGCCAACAGCAAGAGUGUUCUUCGGCUUCUGAAACAAAUGUGGCAACAGACUGCCCCGUUGUUUAUGGGACCGUAUCGUAAACGCACCACGAUCAUCUGCGUGCUACAGUUCGGUAUUUACCUUACAUCCAACGGGAUGUACAUGUUCUUCCCGGAUAUUUUGAAUCGCAUAGCUGAACUGGAGGAUCAGGGAGUCGUCCGGACAACCGUUUGUCAAGCUGUUUACACUACCCAGGUGGACCUCAGUCAAUUGCAACAGCCAGACCCUAAUACAACAGUACUGCCCGAAGUAUGCCAUCAGAAGCUGGACAUUUCUGCCUAUGAACACUCAUUCGUACUGGAAACCAUAUACGCACUAGGCUUUGCAGUGAUAGGCCUCAUUAUCAAUGCAGUCGGCAAACUGCCAAUCUUGGUUUUCAUAUUUGUUUUUUGCGGAAUUUGUGGCAUACUGAUCGUCUUCAUCGAUUUACCUUUGUUGGCAAUCUGGUUCUACGUGAUACUGUUAACGUGCGGGUUCUGCAUAAGCGUUGUAAAUGCCUGCACGGUAGAUUUGUUCCCGACCAAUUUGCGCGCCAUGGCUGUGUGCAUCUCUCUGAUGUUCGGGCGGUUGGGCAGCGUUGUCGGAGCGAACAUUGUUGGUGUUUUGCUAGAUUCACAGUGCGAGCUAACGUUCUGGAUAUCCGGAGUUUCACUGAUUCUCUGUGGAGGGUUGUCCUUUUUCAUUCCUAACAUUUACAAACGCAAUGCACUGGAAGAUAGAUUCAGCAUAUCAUCACGAUGA